AUGCGAGUUUCCAGCCGACUUGGUGCCAUUGGCUUCCUCGAGUCAAGCGGGAGGAUGCUACGUGGAUACAGCCAAUCUGGAUGGGGAAAGCAAUCUGAAGCUGAAGGAGUCGGUGAAAUGCACUCAGCAGCAGCUACGCUAUGCCACCACCGAUCAGCCUUUGUUGGACCAGGCCGUGGCCAAUCUGAGCACCCUGAAGGGCCAUGUGGCAGCGGAGGCGCCGCAGAAGUCCAUCCACAGCUUCAAGGGACGCAUCGAGCUGGACAGCGGCACGCAGGAAGCCUUGGAUGCCAAGCAUUUGCUGCUUCGCGGCACCGUCUUGAAGAACACCUCGUGGGUCUUGGGCUUGGUGGUCUAUACGGGUCCGGAGUCUCGCAUGGUCAUGAACUCGAGAGAAGCGAAAGCCAAGUACCCCAACAUCGAAAAAGUCAUCAACCGCUCCAUGCUGGUGGUGGUGGGUGCUCAAUGCCUCAUGGCGCUCAUCAGCGAUAUUCUCUACCUGGUGACGAAGCAACAAUUCUUGAGCUUGUGGUACUUGUUCCCUGCAGGGGAGGUCCAGUCCAUCUUGCUGCCCGAAUUUAUUGGCUAUUGGCUGACCUUCUUUGUGCUCUAUUCCAACCUGAUGCCCAUCUCUUUGUAUUUCACCAUGGAGGCAAGGAACCGGACGCACAGGCAUACUUCAUCAAGAAUGAUUUGCAGAUGUACGAUGAGGUUCAGGAUACUCCUGCCAACGCUCGAACCACGAAUCUGUGUCAUGAGCUUGGGCAAGUCUCCUACGUUUUCUCAGACAAGACUGGAACAUUGACGCAGAACGUCAUGGAGCUCAAACGUAUCUCCAUUGGAGGUGAGAUCUAUGGUGAGACGGGAGAGGAGUCUGGCUUUCAGGGCAGGGCAGCCAUGCUAAAUGCCAGGUUGAAGAAUCCUUCACAAGCAGCUGCCAUCGAUGCAGUCUUAGAGGUGCUGGCCGUCUCCCACACAGUGGUCUCCACCAAAGACCGCAGUGGGAGAAUGAAAUACGAGGCCGAAAGCCCGGAUGAAGGUGCCUUGGUUGAGGCGGUGGGAAGGCUGGGCUGGGUCUUCACCGGGCGUACCAACGAGGGCCUCACGGUGGAGGUCAAUAUCGGCGAGACUACCGGCAGCCAAACCUACGAGCUGCUAGCCCUCAACGCCUUUACCUCAGCCAGGAAGCGGCAGUCGGUGCUGGUGAGGAGGCCAUCUGGAGAGGUGGUUUUGCUGGUCAAGGGAGCUGAUGAUGUGAUGCAGAAGCUUGCAGCGGAUCCUCAAAGCUUCCCAGAGGAGCAUCUGAGAGCCUUCGCGAAGCAAGGCCUGAGGACUUUGGUCAUGGGGAGGCGAUGGAUCUCGGAGGCGGAGCUACGGCAAUGGCAUCAAGAAUACACCAAAGCGCAGACUUCCAUGCAGGACAGAGAAGGUGCCCUGGCGCAAGUUGCUGACCAGAUCGAAAGGUCUUUGGAGACCUUGGGCAUCACCGGCAUCGAAGACAAGCUUCAGGUUGGAGUGGAGGAUGCCAUCGUGAAGAUCCGGCAGGCCGGGAUCAAGCUCUGGGUGCUCACUGGCGAUAAGCUGGAGACCGCCAAGAACAUUGGCUUCAGCACGCGAGUUCUCAGUUCCAGCAUGGAGAUUCUGACGUUGGACCUGACCGAUCGGAGGGCCUUCAAGGACCACUUGGAAGCUGUGAAAGCAAGCGCUGAACAGGCCUCCAACAAUGGGGUCACGGUGGCCUUGAUCGUCACGGGCCAUGCUUUGGAGGAGAUCCUGCGAAGGGAGAAGAGCGAAGCCAAUGGGAGCGAAAGGAGCAUGGGCAAGAAGAGUCAACCAAAAGGCAAAUACCAAGAUCUCUUCUUGGAGGUGGCCGUCCGAUGCUCCGUGGUGAUCGCCUGCCGGGUGUCGCCCUUGCAGAAGGCGGAGGUGGUGACGGUGGUGAGGAAGGGCGUGAAGCCGACGCCCGUAACGCUGGCCAUCGGCGACGGGGCCAACGACGUGCCCAUGCUACAAGAGGCUCAGGUGGGCGUUGGCAUCUCUGGACGUGAAGGAAGGCAGGCCGUGAACUGCGCGGACUUCGCCAUUUCCCAGUUCCGGUACUUGGCACGGUUGAUGCUGGUGCACGGGCGCUGGAACUAUCGACGUGCGUGUAAGUUCGUGAUCUAUAGCUUUUGGAAAAACGCUGUGUUGGUUCGCUCCCUAGCCUUCAUGGUGGUUUGGUCAUGCCGUACUGGAUGCAUGGUGAUGUGUGGCUGA